AUGACAGUUCCAACCAAUCCUGCAACAGCAGCUCCAACCACCACGUCUAUUGAGGAAACCAUCGAGGGGCUACUUGAACAAGACACCCUAGUGGCUCUAGAAGACCCAGGGUCACCUCAGUCUUUGGCAAUGGAGUGGUUGUUGGAAGAUCCCAAUCUUCAUUCAUACUUAGAUGCUCGCAUCAAGCAAAAGUUUGCCUUGGCAACUCUCUACUAUGCCACCAGUGGAGACACCUGGGUAGAGAAUUCCAAUUGGCUGAACCACAGCAUCCAUGAGUGCUCAUGGUUCAUUUCACCAAAUUUUGCGCAGAAGGAUACAAUGGAGUUGAUUUACCCAGGUUAUUUGUCAGAGUUCUUCCCUCCCUCCGAGCCUCCGCCUACACCCUGCAACAGUCAUGACAUGUAUCAAAAUUUGUGGCUGGAUCGAAACAAUCUUGUGGGUCACCUCCCAGAAGAGCUCUACAUGCUGUCACAUUUGCAGACACUGUCUCUUGGAUGGAAUAGGCUUGCUGGCACACUCUCUAGUCGAUUGGGACAGCUCACUGAAUUGGAAGGUUUGGUCAUCUUUGACCAACCAACGACUGGCAAUAUUCCCUCAGAGAUUGGCCUUUUGACCCCUCUGAGGGGCCUUGUCUUGACCAACAGCAAUCACCAAGGGCUCCUUCCUUCCGAGUUGUGGCAGCUUACAAAUCUUGCAACUCUUGCUUUCUUGGACCAUCAGCAUAUGCAAGGAAGCAUUCCAACAGAGGUUGGCCUGUUUUCCAGCCUGAAAUGGCUUGUAGCCAUUAAUGUUGACUUCUCUGGCACCAUCCCCACAGAGCUAGGAAAAAUUGAAUCAUUAGAGUGGAUUGCUCUCGAACAGAACAGGCUUUCCGGGACUAUUCCAACCGAGCUAGCCUUCUUUCCCAACAAGUCAUUGAUCACUUUGUUUGGUUACGACUUGGUGGGGGCUAUUCCGAGCGAGUUGGGCUUGCUCAGUUCGCUGUUUGAGCUGCCAUUGUAUGGCAAUCACCUCACUGGGACAAUCCCGAGCGAACUUGGUCUUCUAUCAAAUAUGAAUUUGGGUCUAGAUCUCCAAGAUAAUCUACUCUCAGGACCACUCCCCACCGAGCUUGGUCAAUUGGCAAAUGUGCUUUGGCUUUUGGUGGAAGACAACCGACUGUCAGGCCAGAUCCCAAGUGAAUUCGGAGAACUCACAGAACUGCGGUAUCUAGGUUUGGCCAACAACAGCUUGUACGGCUCAAUUCCUCGGGAAUUAUCCAGGCUGCAGGACUCGCUGCAUUCAUUGUCAUUGCAUGGGAACCCACUGUUGACUGGAACAGUUCCAGAUGGCAUUUGCACAGUCCACGGUCCCCCAGUCAGGAACCAAAUGGCACCAGAUGCAUCUCUUGGACCAGCUGGAGUGCACCUUGAUUGCACAGAAUUCUUGUGUGGCUGUAAUUGUUUGUGUGAGUGA